UGCAUGUCUAAUCUUGGGUCGCCGGUAUAGUGUGUUCCUUGUUAAAGAGUUAUUAAACGUUUUCGAAAAUGGCUAACGUUUCGUAUCAAAUAGCAAAUUUACUGGAGAAGAUGACAUCUAGUGAUAAGGAUUUUCGGUUUAUGGCUACUAAUGAUCUGAUGUCUGAGCUUCAGAAAGAUAGUAUUAAACUGGACGAUGAUUCAGAAAGAAAAGUUGUGAGGAUGUUGCUAAAACUUUUAGAAGAUAAGAAUGGUGAAGUACAGAAUCUUGCUGUCAAAUGUCUUGGGCCUUUGGUGAAUAAAGUGAAAGAGUACCAGGUGGAAACUAUUGUUGACUCGCUUUGCAGUAACAUGGUAUCAGAUAAAGAGCAAUUACGCGAUAUUUCUAGUAUUGGCUUAAAAACAGUCAUUAGUGAGCUUCCAUUAGCAUCCACUGGUUUGGCAGCUAAUGUUUGCAAGCGGAUCACUGGAAAAUUAAGCUCAGCAAUUGAAAAGCAAGAAGAUGUUUCAGUGCAACUAGAAGCUCUUGAUAUUUUGGCCGAUUUACUUUCGAGAUUUGGGGGUUUGUUGGUGUCAUUUCACCCAACAAUAUUGAAUGCUUUGUUACCUCAACUUUCAUCCCCAAGACAGGCUGUUAGAAAAAGGACAAUAGUUGCAUUGAGCCAUUUGGUUAUGUCUUGCAAUCAAAAUUUGUAUAAGAAACUGAUAGAAGUGCUUCUUGAUGGACUUACUAGGGAUUCUAAUUCUUCCACAGUCAGAACCUAUAUACAGUGCAUAGCUGCCAUAUGUCGGCAGGCUGGUCACAGAUUUGGGGAACAUCUUGACAGAGUGAUGGCUCUCAUAGUUAGUUAUAGCUCUCGAGAAGACGAUGAGUUAAGGGAAUUCUGCCUGCAAGCUACUCAAGCUUUUGUUCAUAAAUGUCCUAAAGAAAUUACCCCACAUAUAAAUACUGUCAGAGAACUGUGCUUACAGUACCUUACGUAUGAUCCAAAUUAUAACUAUGAUGAGGAAGAGAAUUCUGGCGGAGGUAUGGAUCUUGAUGAAGAAGAAAGUGAAGACGGUGAUGAAGAUUACUCAGACGAUGAUGAUAUGUCUUGGAAGGUCCGGAGAGCCUCAGCAAAAUGCCUUGAAGCGAUUAUUGCUACCAGACCAGAAUAUGUUCCUGAAUUAUAUAGAGCCGUGUCCCCUGCUUUAAUCGCAAGGUUUAAAGAAAGAGAAGAAAAUGUUAAGAGUGAUAUUUUUCAUGCCUAUAUUACUUUGUUGAAACAAACUCGCAGUAGUACUGUUGGCUCAUUGGAUCCUAACUGUAUGGAAGAUGAAGAUUCUCCUCUCUGCCUACUUCAAAAACAGGUUCCUCAUUUAGUGAAGGCAAUUCAGAGUCAAAUGAAAGAGCGCUCAAUUAAAACACGACAAGACUGCUUUGCACUUCUCAAGGAACUGGUGACAGUCCUUCCUGGGGCUUUGACAAAUCACAUGGAGGCACUGAUACCUGGAAUACAAUACAGCAUGGGGGAUAGAAAUUCUAGUAGCAACAUGAAAAUAGAUACUCUUAGUUUUCUUCACACUCUGCUGUGUACCCAUCAGGCCGAAGUCUUUCAUGCUCACAUGGAUGUUCUUGUUCCACCUGUAGUUGCUGCUGUUUCAGACAGCUUCUAUAAAAUCACUGCUGAAGCUCUCCUUGUACUUCAACAGCUUGUUAAAGUUCUCAGGCCACUUGAUUCUCCAAGUAAUUUUAACUUUGCGCCUUAUACCUCGGAAAUGUACGAGUGUACCCUAACCAGGCUCAGGGCUGCCGAUUUGGAUCAGGAGGUGAAGGAAAGAGCUAUCUCAUGUAUGGGCCAAAUCAUUUGCUCUCUUGGCGAUUACCUGCAAGGAGAACUGCCCACGUGCUUACCAAUCUUUCUGGACAGACUAAGGAAUGAGAUUACUCGGCUUACGACUGUGAAAGCAUUGACUAAAGUUGCUGCGUCUCCACUGAGGAUAGAUCUUCGACCCAUAUUGACUGAAGGCGUUCCUAUUUUGGGUACAUUUUUGCGUAAAAACCAGAGGGCACUGAAAUUGAGCACUCUCACCCUUUUGGAUACUCUCGUCAAUAAUUACAGUCCUUCUCUAAGUCUUGCAUUGCUUGAAAAGGUUAAAAUAGAACUUCCACCUUUGUUAAGUGAGUCAGAUUUGCACAUAGCUCAGUUAACUCUAGUUCUAUUGACAUCCAUCGCUAAACUGCAACCGCAAGCGUUGUCUGAUCUUAGUAGACCUUUUAUUUUGCCAGAAAUUCUCACCCUGGCUAAAUCUCCUCUGUUACAAGGUGGAGCUUUGUCGUCUCUGCUUGAAUUUUUGGAGGCUCUCGCAAGAGCUGACCUCCCCCUUCUAGGAAACAAGGAGCUCCUGGAGAUGCUGACCAGACCUGUUUCGCAACACCAGCCUCCUCUUCAUAAGCAGGCUUUCCAUUCAUUAGCAAAAUGUGUCGCUGCAGUUACAGUGCCGUGGGAGAACGAGGCUCUUAUAGUAAUUGAUAAACUUUUACAAGACGUUCAAGCUCCAGUAUCAGACCAACAACAAAUAUUUGCACUUCUUGUUAUUGGGGAAAUAGGAAGGCACAUAGACCUCGAUAGAGUUGCAAACUUAAAAGAAACAAUCUUAGCUUCUUUCUUACCUCAGUCCGAAGAAGUGAAAAGUGCAGCAAGUUACACCUUGGGGUCUGUAGCAGUCGGUAAUCUUCAGGCUUAUCUCCCGUUUGUCCUCCAGGAGAUUGAGGCACAACCUAGGAGGCAGUAUUUGCUACUUCAUUCUCUCAAGGAGAUAAUUUCCUGCCAGAGUGGUAGCUCACGAGGUGUGACCGAGCUAGCAGGGUAUGUACCUUCGAUUUGGGAGUUGCUCUUGAGGCACGCUGAGUGCCCAGAAGAAGGAACAAGGAAUGUAGUUUCUGAAUGCCUCGGCAAACUGACAUUAUUGGAACCUCACCAAUUGCUCCCUCGCCUGCGGUCUGGUCUGUCGUCGCACUCUCCCUUGAUGAGGGCUACUGUCCUCACGGCUCUCAAGUUCACCAUAUCCGACCAGCCUCAAGCUAUUGAUCCGUUGUUACGGUUAAGUAUUGGCCAAUUUUUGGAAGCACUCGAAGACCCGGACCUCAACGUUAGAAGAGUGGCUCUCGUCGCUUUCAAUUCAGCUGCUCAUAAUAAGCCUUCGCUUGUUAGAGAUCUCUUGGACUCAGUACUUCCGAAGUUAUAUUUGGAAACUAAUGUUCGGAAAGAAUUAAUCCGAGAAGUGGAAAUGGGUCCUUUCAAGCAUAUUGUUGAUGACGGUCUAGAUUUACGAAAGGCAGCGUUUGAGUGCAUGUACACUCUUCUGGAUUCUUGUUUAGACCGUUUAGAUAUUUUUGAGUUCCUGAACCACCUGGAGCACGGUUUAAAGGAUCACUAUGACAUUAAAAUGUUAACUUACCUCAUGGUCGCCAGGCUAGCACAGCUAGCGCCUUCUCCGGUUUUGCAAAGGCUAGAAGGUUUAGUGGAACCAUUAAAAAAUACUUGUACAAUGAAAGUAAAAGCAAAUUCUGUUAAACAAGAAUAUGAAAAACAGGACGAGCUAAAGAGAUCAGCAAUGAGGGCCGUCGCUGCUCUUCUUACUAUUCCUGAUGCAGAUAAAAAUCCACAUUUGAGUGAGUUUGUGACCCAAAUAAAGUCUACAUCAGAGUUGCAAACUAUCUUCGACUCUAUUCAAAAAGACUCUUCUCUCCUUAAUCAAGACGCGAUCAUGAUGGACCUCAGCUGAGUCAGUCGUUGCCAUUGAAGUUUUUCUUUGGACUGAAGUUCCUGAUCCUUUGAUCAGUGUCAAAUAUUUUGGAUAAAUGCGUGGUCAACAACCAACUUCAAAUGUGUAUAUGUAUACAUGCAAAUUUACAAAAUUGUGUGUAUGUACAGAUGGUACUCUUUUUUUUUUUCUAGCGGAGUAGAGUACAAGUUUUUGUGUCGAUCAAGAUAUCGGGAAUAUUCACAGUUAUUUUUUAAAUAAAUGCCUGCUCAGGUAUUGUUUCUUUGGCCUCUUGUUUAUAAUGAAGGUUUCAAACUGUACAACUUUAGUGUUUUGAUAGAUAUUGCAUUGAAGGAAACAAAUAUAACUAAAUUAAUACAAAAACAAUAAUGACUGAAGGAUGUUUUCAUUUUUUUUUUUUUGUUAUUUAAAAAUGAUUUAUACUGCCUUCAGCUUUUAAGUUAAAAUGCAUUUUAUCUAUAAUAUUUAUGUAUAAUAAAUAUCUUUCUAUUUAUUCUUGUGUUUUUGAAAUAAUUGUAUAAAUUCGGUUUUAGAAUUUAUGUAUGUGUAUAUGUUAAUUGGAUGCAUUUUUCCAAUGUUUUAUGUUAUUAAAACUGAAAACG